AUGACUAUAGAUGUUAAUGUUAAUAACAUCUUCUUCAAAUCAUACUCUAAGGAUCCAAAUACAGGCCAUUCCAUCUAUGUGUUCGAUUCCACUUAUUUACCUGAUCCCGAAGAAAUUGGUAAUGACAAACAGGUUUAUGAGUUACUUAUUGAUGAAUUGAUGGAUACUUUAUUAGCUAAACUGCCACUAUCGCCUUAUUCCCUAGUGGUAUUUUCUUCUGGAUUUUCUCAGAAGAAAAUUAGCUGGAUUUUUGGUAUAAAGAUGUUUUCAAAGAUCCCAAAAGAAUUAAAAUACUAUUUACAAAACACUUAUAUUGUCCACGAAUCUUUUUUUAUUAGAACCGUGUACCAGGUGCUUUCAAAUGCUAUGAAUAUCAAAUUUUUAACUAAUUUCACAACAAAAUUUGGUGAUAGAUUAGAAAUUAAUUCUACUGAAGAGUCAUCGUUUUCUAUGGUUCAUGUCCCUGAUUUAACUACAUUGUCUCAUUUAAUCGAUAUAACGCGAUUAAGAAUAUCUUUGAACGUUUAUCUCCACGAUUAUGAUAUUAACGAAUAUAUCGAUGUCCCGUCAGAUUAUUUGAAUAGGCUGACAGAUAUUUCAAAAAGAAAGUAUAGACAACUUAUCUUUGACAAGAUAUUUAAAAAGUUGUUAUCAUAUGCACCUAAGACAGAACUGAUUUUCCAAAGACCAGGAUCUUAUAAAAAAGUCAAUAUUUUCCUCGAUGUUAUAGAAAGAAAUAACUAUAUUGAUCUAUCACAAUGGGAUAUACACUCUAUCGGUACCGUUUUCUUAAACUUCCUAAAGAAUAAGGCGAAUCCAUUGAUACCGAUCAAUCUGAUUCCAUUACCACUGGAUAACGAUCUAGACUCAGUGUUCGAAACUUUUGUUAAGAUGAUGAAUUUUAAUGGUUAUUAUCAUUUAUUCCGAACUAUUUUUCCACUAUUUUUAUCCAUAUUGAAGACGUCCGAUAUAACUAAGCACACUAGCACUUCUUUAAGUAAAGCAUUGGCUCCAGCUUUAUGUAAAGAAAAAAUCUCAAUGAAUAAUGGUGAUAGAUUAGCCAUUGGCGCUAGAUAUAUUAAAAGUAUUCUGGAGCAUUUUGAUUCAAUAAUAGAAAGGCUUGAAAGUUCACAAAGACCUGGAAGAUCAGUAACUAAGAAACCAUCAUUAUCAUCUUCAAGAAUUAGUUCACAAUCUCCUCUCCAAGUGGAUCUUCCGCCAACAUUGCCAAAACCAAGAAAAGCAAGCCCAACUAAAUAUUCUUCAGAUUCAAACAACAACAUUUCUAGUCGCAACAGUAGUCCUAGUAGAGUGCCUAGUAAUGAUAACACCAGUCCAAUAAGGUCGUUCUCAAGUUUGAGCUUGUCUGAAAAAGAAAGCUUACUACCGCCACCUACCCCAAUAUCCAAUUACUUAUCUCUCCAAGGCAAACCAUCGACAUCUCCUAUAUUGCCACUGAGAAAUAAAACCUCUAUACCAAAUUUAGCAUUACGCAUUGGUAGCAGUGAUUCUACCACCAUACUGACUUCCCUAGAUGAUAAAGAUGACGAUUAUGUUUCAGAUGUGAACUCUUCCAGUAAUGAAUUCGAUCCUGUAAGAGAAAUAAUUACUGAUACUUCCACAACGGUGCCCUUAGCAACAAAGAUAAAAGACUUCGAUAAAGAAUUAAAAAAAGAAAACAACAAAAGCAGAUUGAAAUAUCGACAAAGGCUAAGUUCUCAAAAGAGUCGUUUUCUGACCUUAAAAUACAAGAUACGAAAGUUAGUAAAGUUAGUAAACUUGCUGCUCUUUAUGAAGAACGUCUUCAAGGUCUUCAAGUGA